GCGUGACUUAGACUACGCAUGACCUCAAAAUGACACUUCUGGCCCGGUGCCUAUAUUAAGGCAGAAAUUCUUUGUGAAAAUUAUAAGAGCAAAAGAACUUUUUCACAAACCAGCGGCCGAAAUAAUGCAUUCGUAAUCUUACUAUUUGCGCAGUCUCUUGGUACAUCCUUCUUAACUACCGAGCAACGUCAUCUCGUCGGUCAAUGUCCUCCUUCAACCCUCCCCAUCGACUCUUGUACACUCUGCCAUUCUUCAAGACAGCUAGUACGUUGCUUCUUGGAUCGUCGAAAAUGGAAACAUCUUCCAAAGGAUUCUUAUCUAAGAUCAGCAGAUCUGCUGCAAAGUCCACCUUGACCUGUCCCAAAAACUUGUCUUGUCGAAGCAUUCGCGCUGCGUUGACCGUAGCACCCUGAAGUACAACCUUGUUGCUAAGCACUUGGGAGCGGAUACCAAAUUCACGGCUCUGCUCUUCAUGUAAUGGCCCAAGCAAAUCAGAACCAUGACAGAGAGUGACACCCGCAUCAUGGGCAAGUUUCAAAGAAACCAGCCCUCGUUGCAGCACCUGUUGAUUCUUGUCCUGAUUGGCAGGUGGCAGAAAAUCUCUAUACUUGUCUUCGCCCAUGGCCUGGUAGGUAACUAAGGUCGGGGUGAGCGAUAUGUUCUUCUCAGCGAGGUACUUGGCAGUGUCUGCAUCUAUCAGGUUGCCGUGCUCAAUACCCUUCACGCCAUUAUCCACAGCGUGUCUAAUCGCCUUUGGCGUAUAAGCGUGUGCCGUUACAUAUGUGCCAUAGCUCUCUGCGACGUCUACGAUGGCGCGGAUCUCAUCUGCAGUGAACUGUGUAUUUUCCAGCUUAUCGGCAGGAGAGGCAACGCCGCCGCCCACCAUAAUCUUGAUGAAGUCGGCCCCGGUGCGCAUCUGUUCUCUUGCUUGGGUCAGACAAGCUGGAACGCCAUCAACAACCGUAGACAAGCUGCCAGACCCGCCGCAGCAUUUCGAGUUGUCGUGCUGGCCACGAUCAUCACCGUGUCCACCAGUCUGCGAAAGGGCUUUAUUAGCAAUGAAGAGCCGUGGUCCGGGGAAUACGUCGUCUGCGAUGGCCUCUUUAAGUGCUAGCGUUGCACCACCGGUAUCCCGAACUGUCGUGAAGCCUCGACUUAGAAUCUGAUUGCAGAGGAAGGGCUGUCGAAAGUACGAAACAGCAACGUCGGACUCUGAAAGCUGCGAACCUAGACCUGCCUCGCCCGCAACAGCUGUCAAGUGAACGUGGCAGUCGAUGAGGCCCGGGCAUAUAUAACGACCCUUCAAGUCGACAAUGGUGUCUUUAGCCCAGACGGGCAAGUCUUUUCCAAUGGCAGUGAUAAUGCCGUCAGCAGUAUGGAGGUCCUGAUUUUCGAUGAUGGCUCCAUUCUCAGUGUCUACAAUAUUCGCGUUUGUGAAAACAUAUGUCUUUUGUCGAGGCAGCUUCCAUGGCUUGACAUUCGGAACUUGGUGUCGUCCGGGCGGUCCUCCGAUGGGCGGGUUUCCUGGACCAUCUAUUGGUAUUAUCUUUCGGGCCAUUGCUUCAAGUUUCAAACACAAAAGAAUUAGAAAACGAGGAGAAAAAAACAAUAACCGAUGGUGAUCCGAAACAACAAGGUUGGCGGGUGAAGCACUGGUGAUGUAACCCGUUAAAAGUGCGGAGUACUGACAAGUGCAGGUGCCGUGUCCCCCACACUUUAUAGCGCUUUCAUGGCGGGGAAGUGCUGCUGUGAAUGAUCUACGCUAAACACAUCACCGCAGCGCACAGUACGUAAUAGAUUGGCUGGGCCAUUGAUAGCCGAAGUAUGCUCGAGUGCUUAAAACUACUAUACGCUAAGUGUGCCUCUAUAUCCUGACACUAUGUAGCGAAUUUUGAUCCUUUGAGAAUACCGAUGCACCGUCCUCUCUCUCGACUGCUCCAGGCGAUUCUUGAAUCAGCGACGGCACAUUGAACUUGGCCUCUCGCCUCUGUCUGGUCUAAUGCGAAGAAGAUAUUAGCAACAAGCUGGAACCAAGACAAUUAAAAAGAAUACACUUACGUCGAUGCGCAUCUGCUUGAUCCGCUGACUAAAAUCCUUGGUGGUUCGCUUUGCCUCCUCGUCUGGCUUAUCAGUAGCAGCGCGAGACAAAACAUCUCUGCUGAAAAAUCUACCACCAGAAUCCAGGAGCGGAAUCCGAGGCAUCCUAGGGGUUCGGAAGCCGCUGAUGGAACGCUGCGAUUUUAUGGAUGGCGGAGCAGCAACAGAUUCAGCUUGAUUCUCCAGCAAAGUCAACGGCAGCGGGAAGUCAGGAACCCAAGUCUGUGUGAAGGAUUCAGACGGUCGGUGUGAGAUGACGCUUGGCGGUCGAGGAGAUGCUUCAAAUGGCCGCUGGGAUGCUGCACUGGGUGAACGGGUAUCUUGUAUCCGCUGUGAUAGAGCGCUUUCAACGCGUGUAUUAUCGGAAGAUGUUGAUUCCUUGACGGCAUGCUUUGCAGUCUUGACCUGUUCCGAUGCAUCUGCUUCAUCAUCGCCAUCGACAAUGACAAUCAUCCACACGCCUACUUUGCCAUUGUUUCCUACCAACGGUGUGCAAUGCAGCCAGCGAGACUUACCAGCACGCUCUGGGACAUGACCUUCAGCACCUUGUCGGGAGUCUAGAGGCCGAUGACUGGUGCUGUUGGCCUUGUUGUUGUUAUACCAGUUGCCACUCAGCCACUUCACCUUGGCGGUGACGGCUUGGCCUCCCGCCAGUGCCUCAACAAGUUGCUGUCUGGUGUGUAGUGAGCUGCCAAUGCGGUCCAUGAGCGGUGAUUGCAGAAUGCCCGGAAUGCGCAUGGAUGGACUGGUAAAGAGAAUACGCAAUGAAGGAUAUGGCCGUACUAGGAGAUAGUGCUCAUAGACACCUGUCAACCGACCGUUGUGAUUAAUCGCCAAAGACGUGGGGAGAGUAGGGAUAUCCCCUUUGUCGAGAGUCACUGGCGCCUGUGUAGGUGAAUCUGGAUCCCGAAGAAGGACACGCUUGGCCUUGGGAGCAGAAUACUUUGGAAGGGCACCACUAUCACCGGAUACUUGGUUGUCAUUGUCGUUUUGGCGGGCAUGUUCCAUCUCAGCUUGAAGACGAAUAUGUCUGUACAUGUCGCCGCCAUGAUUCGUCACAGCAUCAAGUUCCUGUGGUCCUAACGUUUCAGCAAGUAAGACAAACUCAUCUUUCGUGUGAGAUGUCUCAAUAUUUGUUGGGCCUCUAGUGAGGUCUUUCAAGGCGUCUAGGCCAAAGCAAUCCAUGGCCAGUCCAGACACGUCAACCUGGGCACCAAGGAAGUAUCGGAUGGUUCCUCGACUAUCAUACAAAGGAGCCAACUAUAGCGUCUAUUAGUAUAAGGUAGUCGGGAUGUAGGGCUUUGUACUUACCAUGACGAGAUUCAUAAAUGGCGAUCCGUCGCGUCGAUAAUUCAGAAACGUCUCGUAAUGCUCCAUGCCAGCCGCCAACUUUUCCCGUAUCCGCGCGACGCUAAGCAAAUUUGUACACGGACCCUGCAGGAAGCGACAGUUUCGACCAAUCACAUAAUCAACACCAUACUGGGUUGUCUUGUUGAAUUCUUCCGACAUGAAAACAAUCGGAUUGUCAGUCCUCGAUGGAUCUGUCAGACAGAAAACCUCGGCCAAUCCCUCGUGUAAGUGACGGGGCGGUGUUGCGACGAUGCGAUGGCGGAUGGACACAGACACAGUCUGGAUCCAGACAUGUGUAAUAUACAUUGGCAGAUCCUGUUGUACCAUCAUCUCAAAAGCCGCGUUGACUGUGUUUCUCAAGUCGUCGUUCACUGUGCAAGGCGUCUCAUCGCCAAGGGUCUCUGGCGGUGACCCGUUGAGCUUGUUGGGUCCCGGCAAAAGCCCGAGGCCACGGACAACAGCAUUGCUGUAUUCUAGCGCUCGUAAAGCUUUUAGCGCUUCAAGAUAAUACUUCAAGAGAGGAAUAGACGUCUGGCGGUGACGGUACAAGUAGUCGGAAAAUUGGUGUAGACAAGCUGGCCGAUCAAAAAUAGCUUGUAAGUGGGAAGUUGAAAAGAGUAGCUCUGAUCGUUGCUCCAGCUUAUGUUUACCGACAGGCAUGGACUGUCUGUUCUGAUUCGGCUUCACCAGAUUGUAACUAUCGGCCUCUAGGCCAUCCUCGCCACCAAUCGGGUCAAGCCCUUCUGGUUCACCAUGCGAAAUCUGGAGAGGUGCCAGCCCAGAGUCGCUGCCCUGAGCGAUGGUGGGACUCAUGUGUGGGACGGCAGUGUAGUUGCCGUGGUCGGAAAGGUCUAAGCUGAGAUCGCUACGGCUGCUGUACGUAAUAGGUUGUGAGCCCUGGUGCGCUGUGUUGGCGUACGGUCUGGGGGCACGUACCUGGAAGCAGAGGACAAUGGGGGAAUAGGAGACAUGACCGGGGAAUAGGACGCUCUCUGUCAACAAAGGAUACUGCUCUCUGUAUCCCUAAAAGGACGAUGAAGCAGAAAACAUUGUAGAGACAUCUAUCAACGACUAUAUACAUUAUUGUGAUGACCGACUUACACGGGCUGCAUCGAACAUCUCGAUCCCCAUUCCCUGACCAGGGCCUUUGCGAUCGAAGCAGUACUACAGGAUCGAGACUCUAAGCCAUACGAUAUACAUUCAGCGCAGCAUGGCAGGAGAAAGAGAAAAAGAAACGUGCAUCGUGCAUGGGCUGAUCACUGUUGUGGCAUAGCGUUGUUGUCUCGGUGUAUUUAUCCAGGACCCUGGAGCGGGACCAUCGACGAAAACCGUUGGAGGAACCACUGUGCCGGUACUUGCACAGCGUAUACCGGCAGUCAAAGAUACCUAUUUUGAAAGUCCGAGGGUUGCUCUCUGCCUGCAGGGGUCUUUUGCGUUGGAUUGCUGCAUUGUUACGACCCGUCUGGUGAAUGAUCGGCGCUUGUAUUCUCUGUGUCAACGGUUAUUGAGAGAGUUUUUGCUUUUUGUUGCUUGAUCCGCCGUUGGCUACAGGCGUUUUAUUUGCUUUGUUGGGGCGAACGUUGGUCGUACCAAGACUUGAUUUUUUAUUGUAAAGAGAUGCUAGUGACAUUCUCAUUUCCACGCUCCAGCUCCUGGCCAUUGUCUGCCAUGCUAUCUAUUACUCUGAUGAAAGGCGUCGCAUACAAUCGUAUAAGCAUUUUGCUGGGCUCGCGUGCCUGUGCUGUGGCGUCGGCCUAAUCCAAGCCGAUCGCCAUCUAUUAUAUAGUUAGGCAUUAGUCGCGAUCUAUUCCUGGCGAAAACGAUUUUAGUUGACGCUUUCCUAAUGACUAGAUAAUUGGCCACGUAGUAGGUACCAAUCCAUUAUCAAGUCACUCUAUGACAGCGACAUUUUCCCAUCGGCAGAGCGUCAAUCUUUGGGAUCGGGCCGGCAGCCGGAUGGGGGAGGGAGUGAGGGGACCUUCGGCGACAAUCAUCCCCUAGUCGUCUGAUGAUUAGACCAACAGAACAAUGUCGUUGACCCCUGCAAAAGCGGUCUGUAGGCUACCACUCUCCCAUUGUGCGCGCACCAUCCUUCAAGAAACAAGGACGAAUGCCGUUGCAUUGUAUUACGCCGAACUUUCGCGUAAAUCCACGCGCUCUCUCUCUUCUCCGACAACCCAAAGUUAUAGCCAGGCUACAGUGGCAACGCUUCCAGGAACACUGCUAAUCUGUAAGAAGAAGCCGAUGACGUGUCGGAGCGCAGCGUCGGCCAUUGUCAGGUUGCUGAGAAAUCAAUAAGAGCCCCAAAAUCCUGUUAAUACCAAUAUGCAAAACUGUAGGCCUCCCCGGCCUUCAACCUUGAUGGGACUGGCGCAGGUAGUCCAUGUAGCAUCGCGGAGCGCGUUUUCCUAGACUCAUAGCUUGGAAAUGCCCUUCAUCAGGCUGAAGCUGAGCGCAGCCGGGCGAAUCCUCACGGUAAGUGGAUUAUCUGCCUUGUGUUAGGCGGAUAUGGACGUCUCAGUAAUCACCAUUGUGCGUCCUGCGUGGGGAACAACAGGCAUGGAGAUCCGCUAACAGCCUCGUUCGCCACCAGCGGCACAUGGAGCCUGAGGACAUCGACAAAAACCUAAAAGUAUUUAAGCCGAACUUUAUUCCAAUAACCUCUCAAUUGCUACCAUCCUUACCCCUCAUCCAACCCAAAAUCCCCAUCAAUCGCAAUUAUGCAGUUCAAGACUUCUGUGGCUCUGGCCCUUCUCCCCCAUCUCAUCGCCGCUCGCUUCGUUGAGCGUCGUGAUACUACUGCUACGCCUACCUCACCUCCUGGUCCCUCUCCUACCAAGCCAGGUAUCGCUCCUGACUGUGACAAAUUCCAUCAGAUUAUCUCAGGCGAUGCCUGCUUUGUGCUCGAGGACGAGUACAAGAUCACUGAUAAGCAGCUCCAUGCCUGGAACAAGGGCAUUGACCAGUACUGCUCGAACCUUGUCCCUGGAGAGUAUGUCUGCGUUCAUGUCCCCGGUGCCCUUCCUGCGCCCCCUUCUCCUACACUGCCAGGUACCAAGGAUGACUGCAAGAACUACUACAAGGUUCAAGGCGGUGAUACCUGCCCCAAGAUUGAGGGCCAGUAUGGAAUCACUCAUGAUCAGUUCCGCGCGUGGAACCCUCACGUGCAGCAGGAUUGCCAGGGACUCUGGGCUGACUACUACGUUUGCAUUGGCGUCUAAACUUUUUCUAUUAUCUUGUACAUAGUUUUUUGAUUACAGAUUUUCUAUUAUUAAACCAAUUGAUUGCCAUAUCCUCGUUAUUGCUGGAGGGUUGUUGUGGUGGAUCGUUUACGUCAACAAGAACAACGGAUGAGGACGACUACAGUUAGGAGGUAAUAUCGCACCAGAGACGGUAAAUAAUUAUCUGAAGCAGUAACAUACAAUACUGAGCAAUUUUGGACACGAUUUCCGAUUUUAUACAAUAAAGCUCUAGUGCAAUGUUGAGGACAACCGUUAAAUGUGAUCAACUGUGCGGGG